AUGAAUUCAACCAUUGAAGACGGCCAAAAUAACAGCCAAGGACCUCUGAUAAUUGGAAAUAGGGAUCCAUAUUUAGAUGGGUCUGAUGAGAACCGGGUCAAUCAUGAAUUAAGACCUCAAAGAGCCAGUUUUCGUCGUAGUGUUAGUGAGGGUCCCCAGGUCCCCAUUCUCAAAGUUUUCAAAGUUCAUCCUGAUGCUUCAAUUCCUGAAGUUGUUCGAGUCCUCAAGUCAAGUUCUAUGGUCAUUUUGAACCAGGUUUCACAACCUUAUCAAAGAAGAACCAAUUCUCGAAGUCGUCACCAUCAGUUAUACUAUUUAACCCAUAAGGUACAGGGAUUGAUCCCAACUGAAAGAAAAACUCGUCCCAAGAAACCUAUUGAUUAUGCAGAAGGCCAAUUACCACCAGGUUUGACGUAUGAGGACCUUUUUAAAAGGUGCAGUACGCCUCCUUCUAAACGUAGAAGGGUAGGAGAUACGAAAUCCAGCCCCAUCUUCAUUUUUUCUUCCAGUGGUGCUGAACCACACAUUCAAGAUGUCAAUACAAAUAAUCCUUUUAAUGAAGAUGAAGAAUAUGUUCACUACGAUGGCCUUCAAGACGAACUUCCUCAUGAAUCUGAUAGCAUGUCAAUGAUUGAUGGUGCUUCAAGUCAUACUCUUUUAGAAUUAAAUUCUGAUCCUGAAAAAGCUCCAAGAAGUGGUUCACAAUCUGAUAACGUCACCAAUGAGUUACCACAGACCUAUAAAGUUCCAUCUCCUGAAGAACAACUGUUUCCCGAAUUAAAUGAAGAACCAAAUGCCAAUGUUGGCUCUAGACCAAAUUCUGGUGGGGAGCUCCAUGUGGUUUCUCAACCACAGAAUUUCUCCUCUGACACACAUUUGAUUACUGUUGCUGAAAACUUUGGUUUGUUUGUUCUCGCAGCAUCAAGACAGGGUGUAGAUGGAGUCAAUAAUGAAACUUUAGCAAACGGAGAAGUUUUGAAUUCUGUUGAGAAUCGCUCAAGAUCAAGCUAUAUAAAGGAUUCGCAAUUAGAUGAAACAAGCAAAAGAAUUGAACCCCAUCCCCAAAACCAUUCUCCCGUUCAUGAACUUAACAGAGAGAAUGUUAAACCUAAACUCAUAUCGAGUCAACAACUAUUUGAUUAUUUGAACCAAAUUGAUCAACAAAGUACCCAUCGCUUUAAUGCUGAGACCAAUUCCUAUUCUUGUUUACUCAAUAAUCCAGCUUCAGGCAUUCCUCAACCUUUGAAUUAUCCUCAUCCUAUUGAUCCCCCUCAAACUGUUAAUACACCUCAGCCUGUUGAUCUUCCUCAUUUUUUCAGCCUUCCUCAGCCUGUUAAUAUUCCUCAAUUGUUCAACUUUCCUCAGCCUGUUGUUCCCCAAGCAUCCAACUUUCCUCAGCCUGUUGUUCCCCAAGCAUCCAACUUUCCUCAGCCUGUUAAUAUUCCCCAAGUAUUCAACCUUCCUCAGCCUGUCAUUCCUCACGUAUUCAACCUUCCUCAGCCUGUUAAUAUUCCCCAAGCAUCCAACUUUCCUCAGCCUGUUGUUCUUCAAUUUUUCUACCUUCCUCAGCCUGUUUAUAAUCCUCAAGUAUUCAACCAACCCUAG